AUGAGCUUGGUAACAUUAGUGCUCCUAUUGGCGACCGCAUCGAUAACCCUGUCAAGAUCUCAAGAAACCGAGAUCUCUGCAAAGGGUUUGGACGUGACACAAGCGCCCCUGAAAUUAGACAAGAAUCUCCGUAAGGCUCUCCUGAAGGCCUUAAGCGACUUAGAAGCAGAAUCCGCGGAGCAGCAUAAGAACGAAAGGGAACCUGUUAUCGUCCCAAGAGAAGUUGACUUCGAGGGCGUAACGAAGAAGAACCUGAACGAUGACCUCGGGGUGCAGAAGUCCAUGUUCUCCUUCCAAAGUUUCCCUAGGGACGAGGAGACACCGACCGAGGACAAGCUCCAAAACUCCAGUUUCAUCGAAGCUGUCCGUUAUGUGACGCUGAAGACGCCAGUGAUGAACAUCGAAAAGGCGACACAGGAGGAGUCCAGAAGCUUUCACGUGCAGAACGUGAUCUUGCCGGAGGAAAGUGUAACGUUUGGUGCCAAAAUGGGGUCCAAGGCGGAGGUGGAAGCGAAGAGGAGUCCGCAGGCUUCAGCCAAUACUUUCUCCGUACAUAAAGUCGAAAGUCUGACGUUGAAGCCGGCCACAGAAAUCUCAGAAAGCCUCGCCGGAAGUGCCAGUAACAGCAUCGCGUCGGCCAACGCGUUGGUUGCGCAAAAGCCGACCGUGGCCACUCCAACGAUUGCAUCGAGCAACAAUGUCACUGCAUCCGGCGAGUCCAAAGACAAAACCGAGGAAGUCAAGAUCUUCCAAGCUCCCUUGGUAGCAGCAUUCACCGUCCAACAGGACGAGCUAGGCGUGCCUAAGAGCGUAGUGCCGAUCUUCAGGUCACCGAACGACGGACAAGCCUUGACACUUCAGGAACAGCUGGAUUUCAAGCAGCAACUGUUAGAGAAGCAACUGGCGGAGCUUCAACAGCAACAGAUUCAACAGACGCAGUUUUUGGUCAGGCAACAACAUCUGUACGAGCAGCAACUAAGGCAGAAACAACAACAACAGUAUUAUCUCCAGGAACAGGCUAGAAUCAAACAGUUAGAGGAACAGACUAAACUUAAGCGAUUAGAGGAACAGAGGAUUAAACAGUUGGAGGAGCAGCGUGCUAAGCAACUGGAGGAGCAGAGGCUUCACAGGUUUCAGCCUCAACGGCCAUUUCCGCAGAAGCAAUUUUUCUUCGAGCAAAGCAACAGUCUGUUGUCCUUCCAGCCACCGGUAGAAUCGAACGUUAAUCUUCAACCAAGCGUGACUUUAGAAGUGCCCAACGUCGCUGCUCCUCAGCCUUUCCAAUCAGCCUUCCAAGAUCAAUUACGCCCGCAACCGUUCCGUCAGCAACAGCAGCAGCAACAGCAACAUCAGCAGUUGCAGCCGCAACAGCAACAUCAGCAAAGAUUGCAACAGAGCUUCCCCACUUUCGCCAAUGAUUUCCAGUCCUCGUUGCCAUCGACGACGAGAUUCAACAGACAAGAGGCUUUCAACGCCGUCGGCAAUUUUGGAUUCAACGUGGAGCACAAGACCACUCCCAGUCGGAACAACUUCGGGUUCAACGUGCCCCAGAGGAAUUCCGUGAACUACUACAAUCCUUACACGCAGUUCAGACAGACCAAACCGGCGACACCUGCUAAACAGAUCCAGCAUCUUCUCUAUCAGUCCGGUAUAGCCGGCGAUUUGGGUAGCGUGCAGGGAACAGGGAACCACGAGGAUCUGAACAUCGUUUCUAAAGUUCUGGCCCUGAACGUGGGCCACGUGCCGGAUAAGAAUCUUCAGUUCAAAACGAACCCGGGCGCCUCGUUCGGGAAGUCGACGGCGUGA